AUGGUCCGCAUCUCCUCUAUUGUCAUGUACUUCCUUGCGAGCGCUUUAUCAGUGCAAGCAUGCACCUAUUGUCAGUGCGAGUUCUCAAAUGGUGAUCACUACUGUGUCUACUCGGAUGCUGAAAUUGGCAACCUCGAUUGCCCCACCUAUUGCGCUCAAGCUCAUCGCGCAGAUGGAACAGAUAAUGCAGAUGGGCCUGGGACUGCAUGCACAGCUGGAAGAUACAAGUGCGCGAGUGCAUUCACAGCUUUGGACCGUACCCCAUGUCACAAGCUAUAA